AUGUUCGCCAGUCUCGAUGCAAUUCGAGAUCCGAACCUCCACACCCUCCCACCACCUCCACUGCCAGGGUUCCCCACCACUCCGACUGCUGCGAGGGUAGUUGUCAUGGACUCCCCGUCCAUUAUGGUGCCCUCGACCACCCCCGGCCAUAUGGCCUCCAAUUCAUACACCAACGGUUACACGUCUCCCGAUGAUGCUCAGAUGGAGUCGUCGUCCGCUCCUUCACCCGCUAGCCAGAGCGAUGCCUCCGACGCCUCCGACGCGCAUGAGCCCAUCACCAACGGGGUCUCAUCAGACGAAGACGCUCCGGGAGAGGAAUACGAUGAGGAUGAUGCCGUGGCUCAAGCUACAGACUCUUCUGAUGAUGAUGUGGAUGCCGAGGGCGAGCCAGAUGGAGACUAUGACUCCGAAACCCCACCACCAGAGCGUGCCCCUUCCAGUCGUGGCCGCAGUUCCACAUCGCAAGAGUCGAGACGAGCCCCCAAGCGCAAAGCCAGUCCUGCAGACGACUUUGCGGCGCAUCCGGAGCUAUACGGUCUCCGCCGUAGCGGUCGCGCUCGCCCAACACGCCGCGUGGUUGACAGCAGUGAUGAAGAUGACAACUCUGACUCUGACCCACCUGUGAACAAGCGCCGACGACCGAAUUCGCGCAAAGCAUCCAACCAACCAACCCCCGCUUAUCAGUCUUAUCAGUCUGAAGAUUCCAACUCAGAAUCAGAUGGCUAUGUUGGCGCUCGACGCAACGUCCCCACUAAGAAGGAGCGACAUCGUCGCCAGCUCAUUGCCGAGGGCCAACUGCCUCCUUCUCACGCCGAAGUCCGCUUCUCAUCACGUCGGACGAAGCAAGUCGCCAAUUACAAUGAGGAUGAGAGCGAUAACUUUGAAGCCUCUGAGGAUGAUAUGACACCCAACUACUGGGCUGCUGCUCCGGAGGAGACAGGUCCCGCCAUUGACCGUGUCCUUGAUUAUCGCGCAAAGGACGGCAUAGAGCUAGACCCCUAUGAGGUGAAUAAGAAAGACUUCGAAUAUCUGAUCAAAUGGCAAGAUCAGGCUCACUACCACUCCACCUGGGAAGAGUACGAGACGAUAGCAUCAUACAAGGGCUACCGCAAAGUCGACAAUUUCUUCAAGACGACUAUCAUUCCGGCCAUGUACAUUUAUUCUCGGAAAGACCAGGAGCCCGAAGAAUACGAACAACACGUGGUGGCACGAGAGGCUGAGCGUGAAACGCUGAAAGACUUCAACGUCGUUGAGCGUGUUAUUGACCGACGCCAUGGUGACGAAGGUGAAGAGCUCUUCGUCAAGUGGAAAGGCUUAACUUACGACAUGUGCACCUGGGAAUCGAAAACCCUCGUCAGCGAAUUCGCACAAGAGCAAAUCGACAGGUUCUCUGAUCGUCUUCGCCAGGGUCCCAUCACCAAACCCAAAGAGACGAAAGGCUCAGCCCGCCAAUUUAUCAAACUAUCACCCCAGCCCACAUGGAUCAAGAAAAAGGAACUGGCUCUCCGGCCUUUCCAGGUCCAGGGUGUGAAUUUCCUGGCACACAACUGGUGCAAGCGGCAGAAUGUCAUCUUGGCCGAUGAAAUGGGUUUGGGCAAAACCGUUCAGACUGUCACAUUCAUCAGCUGGCUUAUCGAAGUGCAAAAACACAAGGGCCCUUUCAUCUGUGUCGUGCCACUGUCCACAAUGCCUGCAUGGGCCGAUACUUUCAACAACUGGAGCCCGGAUGUCAACUAUGUCAUCUACACCGGGCGUGAGGAUGCACGCAAGGUGAUUCGCGACAAAGAACUCCUGGUUGGUGGCAACGUUCGGCAAGUCAAGUUCAACGUUCUGAUAACCACGUACGAGUACGUUCUGGCCGACUCGGCUUUCUUAUCACAGAUUGAAUGGCAAUUCCUCGCCGUGGACGAAGCUCAUCGUCUUAAGAACCGCGAGUCUCAGUUAUAUGAGAAGCUGCUUCUUUUCAAAGCCCCUAGCCGGCUCCUGAUCACCGGGACUCCUAUCCAGAAUACACUGGGAGAGCUGUCUGCACUCAUGGAUUUCUUGAUGCCCGGCGAGUUGUCGAUCGACGAGGAUGUUGAUAUGGCUUCGGAAGAUGCGAGCCGCAAGCUUGCUGAACUCAGUGAUGCCAUUCAGCCAUAUAUGAUCCGGCGUACCAAAGAGAAGGUUGAAGAUGACCUGCCACCCAAAUCCGAAAAGAUUUUGCGUGUCGAGUUGUCGGAUAUUCAGCUGGAAUACUACAAGAACAUCCUCACGCGCAACUAUGAAGCCCUGAAUGAGGGUGGCAGCGGCCAAAAGCAGUCGCUCCUCAACAUCGUCAUGGAACUGAAGAAGGCUAGCAAUCACGCCAUGCUAUUCCCCAACGCAGAGGCUAAAAUCCUCGGAAUUAACGCCCCCAAGGACGAGCAGCUCAAAGCACUCAUAACGACUAGUGGCAAGAUGAUGCUCUUGGACCGAUUGCUUAGCAAACUCAAAGCCGAUGGCCACCGCGUUUUGAUCUUCAGUCAAAUGGUUCAUAUGCUGGAUAUUCUUACCGACUACAUGAAGCUCAGGAAUUAUCAGUAUCAGCGACUGGAUGGUACUGUUCCUGCGGCUGAGCGAAGGGUUGCCAUCGAACACUUUAAUGCUCCCGGGAGUGAGGACUAUGUCUUUCUCCUUUCCACCCGUGCUGGUGGGCUAGGUAUUAAUCUGAUGACGGCCGACACUGUGGUCUUGUUCGAUUCCGACUGGAAUCCCCAGGCGGAUCUGCAAGCCAUGGCACGAGCCCAUCGCAUUGGCCAACAGAAGCCUGUCUCAGUUUAUCGCCUUGUAUCUAAGGACACCAUCGAAGAAGAGAUUCUGGAACGUGCACGAAACAAGCGCAUGCUCGAGUUCAUUACCAUUCAACGCGGUGUGACAGAUCGUCAACAGAAAGAGAUAAACGAUAAGAUCAACCGCGCAGUCGAGCAGCCAACCUCGGCGGAUGACAUCAAUAACAUCCUCAAGCGCCGUGGACAAAAGAUGUUUGAACAAUCGGGCAACCAAAAGAAGCUUGAAGAACUUGACAUCGACUCCGUCCUGGAAAAUGCCGAAGAACACAAGACAGAGCAGGCAGCAGGCCUUACAUCCGACGGUGGUGCCGAAUUUCUCAAGAACUUCGAGUACACUGACGUCAAAAUCGAUUUGGAAUGGGAUGAAAUCAUUCCCAAAGAUGAGCUUGAAGUGGUCAAAGCUGGUAUUCAGCAGCGCAAAGAUGAAGAAGAGACCCGCAAGCUGCUAGAGGAGAGCGCGCCUCGAAAGCGAAAGGCAGCAAACGACAAUGAUCGUUCCCAGCGAGCAGCGAAGAAGCGAGCCCGCGAAGCCACUAGGAACAUCGAUAUAGACGAUGAUGCGUUGUCUGAUGACGAGGAAGAGAGCGUCGAUCGCCGCCGCAAUCUUGAUCCUAAGCGACCCUUGGAUACUAAAGAACUUCGAAUGUUGGUGAGGGCGUAUGAACGCUAUGGCUCUUUCCAGGACCGUGGCGAUGAGAUCAUCCGAGAUGCUCGAUUGGUCGGCCGGGAUGCAGAUAUUGUCAAAUCGGCCUUGGAUGAAGUGAUCAAUCUGUGCCGACAGAAGGUCAAGGAAGAGCGCGACAGGCUCAGGAGUCUCGAAACCGACGAAAGCCGUGCUAUCACAAAGAAAGACAAGAAGGCAAUUCUGUUCGACCACCAGGGCGUAAAGAAGAUCAACGCAGAGACGAUACUUGAUCGCCCGGUCGAGAUGCAGAUCUUGAAACAAGCCGUCGAAGAGAUGCCCGACUGGCGAAGCUUCCGUGUCCUCGGCGCCCUCAAAGGUGCGGCGUAUACCUGCGAAUGGAAAGCUCGAGAAGAUGGCAUGCUCAUGGUUGGUAUUUUGCGCCAUGGAUAUGGUGCUUGGGUUGCCAUUCGUGAUGAUCUCGAGCUCGGAAUGAGUGACAAGCUCUUUUUGGAAGAACAGCGUGUUGACAAGAAGGAGGAGCGCAACAAAGGCGAUGAGAAGGGUGCUAAGUCGCCUGGUGCUGUUCAUCUCGUUCGCCGGGCCAAUUAUCUCUUCACCGUGCUCAAAGACUCACGCAGCACUGACCCGGCAAUACGACGACGGAUGGAGAAUCACCAUCGAAACAACAAGAAGAACCAUCUCGACACCGCCCGCCAAGCUGAACAGGGCCCAAGCUCAUCAGCUAGUCCGCGUCCCGCUGGACAAGCCCGAAAGGUGAAUGCACGAGACUCGGAAAAGCGAUCACACCGCAACAGUGAGAGCCGUCGCUCGGAGAGGCCCGAAAGCAGGCAGCGAGAUCAUGAUUCGCCGGAUCGUAGACAUCGACAGAGCGACAAUUAUCGACCAUCGGAUAGCCACCGCAAAGAUAAGCAAUCGAGCAGCCAUCGGCGCGACAAGCCGUCUGAUGGUCACCGAAAAGACCACAGAGGCAGUCGAAAGAGCAUUGAUCGUCGCCCUCACUUGGAGCACAGCAGCACUCCCGAAGCGCACCGCAAGACCAGUGGCGAUGUCGACAAGUCUCGUUCCAAGACCGACCUUCCACGUCCCAAGGAAGACUUGCAGUCUGCUCAGAGCCAUGCUCAUCGCCGAAGUGCUGAUUUGACUCCUGUAGUAGUCAAAGAGCAGACUCCAAGCAAGGAAAAGAAGACCGACGAAUUCUUGGAGCGUAAGCUCCGCCCGGUGCGAGACAACUUGAGCCGACUUAAGAAGGCGACCUCGAAGAACUAUCCUGCCAAAGAGACGCUCAUCAAGGUUCUGAAGGUUGAGUUGCUCGCCAUUGGCAAUUAUAUUCGCCAGGAGACUCGCGGUAACCCCGAGCUGGAAGACCGUAUCUGCUACAUUGUUGUCACAUAUUGGCCCCGCGCUGGUGUUACUCUCAGCCAAGUGAAGGGCAUGUAUACCAAGAUGCUGGCUGGCGAGACGGCUGCUAGGAAGCAGCCUGCUCAGGCGGAGAGCGCCAAACUUACAAGCGCCGAAACUAACGGCGAGAAAUCAAAUACCAUAUCAAAUGGACAGGGCUCGCCACCUGCCCUGUCCAAGAUCGAAUCCAAUGGAGCCUAG